AUGGAGACCAAAGACCCAAUUAUAUGCUUUGAGUGCAAGAAGCCGGGACACAUCAAAGCAGAUUAUCCUCAACUAUCUAAGUUAAAGGACAAAGAUAAAAGGAAAGAAAAAUUCAAAAAGAAGAAGGCUUUUGUCACUUCAAUCUGGGAGGAUAGCUCAUCUAAAGAGGAUGACAAUGACAAUGAAGAGACGGCCAACAUCUGUCUCGUGGCACAAGACGAUAAAGAUUCAAAGACCGAUGAGGUUUGUCUUAAAGCUUCUAGAACAAAUAAAUGGUACAUCGAUAGCAGUUGCUCCGAACACAUGACGGGUGACAGUGACAAAUUCUCAACACUCAAACCCAAAGAAGGUGGGAAAGUGAGCUUUGGUGGAAAUCAAUUUGGAAAAAUAGUAGGAAUCAAAGAAGUUGGAAGUGACAAAGGAAUGAAAGUUGAAAACGUGUACUACGUUAAAAGUUUAUGUCAUAACCUGCUCAGUGUCAGCCAGAGUACCAACAAGAACAACUGGGUGAUCUUCGAUUCAAAACAUUGCUUGAUCAUUAGCAAAGAUGACCUAUCACUUAAAAAGAAAGAAUUGAAUGUGAAGCUAAGAGCACUAAGGGAUGCAUUAGCUUCAUCCUCAACUACUCUUACAAUUCCUCUUGCAAUUAUCUCUGUCUCACUUCUUCCACCAAUCUCUCACCUUCCUCCUCUUCCCAUUCCCUUCACUCUACCUACUUCAUCCUUAGUCUUGACCCCAUCAAUUUCUAAUGAUAACAAAAAAGGGGAGAAGGAUCCUCAGGAUGUUGUAGAUCUUGAUUAG